AUGUCUUACUCUCACCCUAUUCACCAAGCUAAUGAAAACAGCCCAUAUGGAGAUCUCACCAGAGAACAAUUCUACAAGAAACAUCAAAUCCUUCAUCAACAAACCUUCAUGCUCAACAGAAAGAACAUGAAAAUCUUCACUCAGUCUUGGCGCCCCGAUUCCUCCACCCACCUCAAAGGCCUCGUCGCCAUGGUGCACGGCUAUGCCUCCGAUAGCGGCUGGCUGUUUGAGCUGACCGCCGUCGCCAUUGCCAAAGCCGGCUUCUUAGUUUGUGCGCUCGACCUCCAAGGCCACGGCUGCUCCGAUGGGGCACCUGGUCACAUCCCAAAAAUUCAAUACAUCGUUCGAGAUUGCAUAGCUUUUUUCGACUCUAUGAAAGCUAAAAACCCUAAGUUGCCUUCAUUUCUGUACGGCGAAUCGCUUGGAGGUGCAAUUUCGGUUCUUAUUUGUUUAGAACAAAAAUAUGAAUGGGAUGGUUUGAUUUUGAGUGGUUCAAUGUGUGGUAUUUCACCAAAGUUCAAGCCAAUAUGGCCCUUGGAGAAGCUCCUCCCUCUGGCUGCAUUAUUUGCACCAUCUUGGAAAACAGUGGCCUCAAAGCCGGUGGCUAGCAAGUUAUAUAAGGAGGAGUGGAAGAGGAGACUGGUGGCGAGAAACCCUAAUCGGCGGACGUCCGGGAAGCCGCCAGCUGCGACUGCAAUGGAGUUUUUGAGGGUUUGUGAGUAUAUAAAGAUGCAUUGCCAUGAGCUUGAGGUUCCAUUUAUAAUGUUGCAUGGAGAGGAUGAUACAGUUUGUGAUUAUGAAUCUGCUAGGUUUGUUUAUAAAUCAGCUGUAAGUGAGGACAAAACUUUGAAAAUUUUCUCGGGAAUGUGGCAUAUUUUGGUGGGGGAGACUGAGGAGAACGUGGAGAUUGUGUUUGGGAAUGUGCUUUCAUGGAUGGAAGAGAGAGCAGCCAAAGCUAAAGCCAGAAUGAAGUAA